UCGCAAAUAUUGCCUCAAUAUUAUUUGUAGGAGAAUUUGGACCGUCUCGUUGGAAGCUCAAAACAAAAAGUGCAAACAAUUAGGAUCAAAAUUAGAAAUUUACUGACUUUCUAAUGGAAAAAGCCAAACCAAAUUGCUUUGAAUUGCAUUUGUUCGUGUUUGACGUUCGAGCCCAUUGCUGUCAGCUGCAGAUGAUUUGUUGAAAAGCAGUUUCCUGACGAGAGAAAUAGUUUUACGAUACAAAGCACCACCAAAGCAGAACGAAUGCACUUUAAACAUCAUUGUGUUCGAUUGUUAGUUGGCACAGUUUCACCACCACAGCCCCGAUACCCUUUGCCAGAGAAAAUCGGUCAAUGUUCAGCUAAGCGUACGGAAAAGCGUACUUACUACAACGCAAGGUUAACCCUAUAGGAGUACCUACAGCCAUUAUGAGUACAGCCGAACCGAACACACAGACUGCAUCGCAUCAGGCGCUCCAGACAGCGCUACAAACACUCAAAGAACGUUGCCAAACGUUACAGCGUCGCAUCACAGUGCUCGAGGAGGAGAAUGGCACACUACGGACACUGCAGGCCAAAUCGUCCAACGCACCCGACCAUAGCCAGCGCGACAGUCGGGCAGUGCAGCAAACCGAGCUACGCCAGCUGCGGGAAACCGUAGCCGAACUGACCCACCAAAAGAUGCAGAUGGCGGAACAGAUAUCGAUGGUGGACACAGAAAACAGACAGCUCUGGCGACGACUCUCCCUAAUCGCGAAGGAUCUCGGCGACGUGGAGGAUGGGAUGAACGUUGGCCCAUCAACCGCACUGGUCAAUCAGCAGCCAAAGGCACCGCUAGCAACCACAGCACCAUCCACCACCACCACCACCACCAAUCAAACGGGCCAAAAUCUGAUACGUUCGCGCACGUUCACCAAACACGCACCGAACCCGAAGCUGCGCGAACGGUUACAGCGCGACAGUUCCGCGGACGAGGAGGAUCUGCUGAACCUGGAAGACAUUUCGCUGCUGAACACGUGCGGCUUUCUCGACUCGUCCACCGUAGAUCUGGGCCAGCAUGCGGACCUAUUGCGGGUCGCUCUCGAAGCAAACCCGGACAUUAGCCGAUGUACGGAGGGGUUGCUCGAUAUAAAGGAGGAGCUUGCCCGGCAACAUCGAUUGAUGUGGGAUGUGUACCAUAGGUUUAAAUCAGAACUGUGCAAUCGGUGCAGUACGCAAUCGUCCGAAACCGAGCGGGAAAAGCUAAUGAAGGACGUUAUGGUGGAGGUAGCAGAAAGCGAACUAGCACCACGGAAACCACCCGCCACCUUUUAUCCACCACCGCUGACAGCACCGAAGAAAGGUGGGCAAACGGGCCGGGAAGAAGGUUCGGACGCGUUGCUGUUCGAUAAGGUCAGCAUGAACUUGCUGCAGGAAAAGUUGCGCGCCAGCGGUAUGAAAAAGAUUUGCCCCAUGUGCGGGGUACUGUACGGUGAGGACACGGUAUUUGACGAGUUUCAGAGCCACGUUGAGUCACACUUUCUGCACGACGGCGAGCUGGACGAGCUGAGCCUGGACCGUGCGUACGAGUAUACGUCGCAAACGGUGGGCGAUUUCUGACCGUUACCACCCGGUCCGACGCGCAGUCGAAUCUUUUUUUCCAGCGAACUCUAACCCCCCGCCUUAGGGUUGAGCAAAAACAUUUUAAACACACGUCUUCGUCUUUGGUCUGCCCAUUCUGACUUUCCGUGAUCUGAUUGUACACCGCAGCUCCGAAUAGUCCUGCACACCACGGUCUGCAAUAUUCGGGCUAUUUUUUUGUUUUUUUGUUUUUGCGUCACACAUACACGAAUUGUUACAUUGAUUCAAGUGCACUUCGAUUCCGGCACGUCUCAUGAUAUUGUAGGAUAGUGAUAGAAAAACAUGGACUAAAAAAUAUGGAGAGGUGCAUAUAUAAGCAAUCUUAAGUUAAGUACGAGCUGCAGGCAGAAUUGCAAAGGAAAUAAAAUAUGUUACAUCUUGUAGCUUUCGAUUUCGGGGUC